UUGAAGGCUUUUGAUUUUGCCUUUAUGUAUCACUAUCACAUAUUGGGUUUUUUUACCCUGCUGAUGUUUGGUUUCUCCUUUCGUCAGCACAAUGUCACCUAUAUUAUCAGACAAUUCACUUUGACAUAUCAACAUAUUGGACCCCAACACACAUGAAACACAUCAGGUGAUUUGAUCAAGCCAAAGUGAUGAUGGACUCCAGAGGACAAUGUUGGAGAAGAAGACAUACAAGAGGUGGAUAGAUACUUUCACAUUACCGUCAAGUUUUUGUGGUUGAAAUCUUCUACACACCAGAAUGAAGAGACACUCAUUGAAGACGACUGAUCCCUGCUGUCCUGCAGCCCUAAGGAGAAAUCAAGUAGAUCGUAGUUGCAGCACGACAGUACACAGUGCGUCGCCUGCAAAAGGUAGCAGGACCAGAAGAAAGGCCGGUCCUGAAAAGGAAACUGUGAGGAAAAGGAGAAGGGUCUUUAAGGUUGUUGAACCAUCUGAGAAGGAUGGCAGGGUUGAAGGAAAGAGGAGAGAAAAUGGAGAGGGACAACCAAAGAAGGCGGCAAAACUUCACUACAACCAGUGUGAUAAAGAGUCAGCGUCCCGCGCAACAGACAGUGAUACUGAUAGAGAGGGAAACAGUCAGGUUGUGGUUGCGGAGGUUGAGGAUAUGACACACAGUCACCCUAAAGUGCAGUGUGCUGGAGAAGGACAAAGCGCAGAGAAGAGAACGUGCCUUAAACUGAAGGAGACCAGGGAGACAGUAGAUGUCCAAAGAGCAAAUUUCAAGGCCAAAUACAAAAAGCAGAGAAAGCUUGGGGAAGGAGGCUGUGGAUCAGUGUUUGCUGGCUACCGCAAAGAAGAUAAUUUACCAGUAGCGAUCAAACACAUUCCGGAGAAAAAUAUCACCCGCAAACCAGUGGCAAGUGACCAACGUCGACUACUCUGUUGUGGCCCCAAUGGGAAGAUGAUGCCUAUGGAGGUGGCCAUUAUGCUGAAACUCGCUGGUAGAAAAAAAGGCUCCGUGGGGGCGUCAGCUCCUGUGUCUUUACUGGACUGGUAUGACCUGGGCCAGGAGUUGAUACUGGUGCUGGAGCGACCUUUCCCCUCUGAGGACCUCUCAACAUAUAUAUUUGAAAACGGAGGCUCUCUACAGGAAAAGGAGGCCAUGGACAUACUGAAACAGCUGGUUGACGCAGCUAUAGGACUUCAGGAUAGAAAAGUCUUUCACCGGGACAUCAAAAGUGAAAACAUCCUGAUUGAGAUGAGCUCAAGCGUCCAGCGAGUUCGCCUCAUUGAUUUCGGACUGAGCUGCAUUGUCAAGAAAAACUCGGUGUACCGCACAUUCUCCGGUACCCAAUAUCACACCCCUCCAGAGUGGUGCAGUUGUUCUACCUACAGGGCCGGUCCAACCACAGUGUGGCAGCUUGGGAUAGUCCUCUACGAAAUGCUCCACCUGGAUACACUCUUUGAGACCAAAAGCUUCCUCAACGAUGAACUGGAAAUCAGCAGUGAACUGACCACAGAUUGCAAGGAUUUCCUUCAACUGUGUCUGGAGACGGUGCCCCAGCAGAGGCCCACCCUGAUGAAGCUCAAGCAUCACCCAUGGCUCCAAUAAGAAACACACAUUCCACCUCCUCACCCUGACCUUAUCCCAAACCAUGGCCAUGGAUGUUGUGCAAAAAGCUGAACAAUUUAAACUUUACCAUACUGGUAAUGAGCAAAUAGGAGAGUCUAUAGAGAGACCUAUUGUUCAUGAAUGGAUGGACAAUGGACAGCAGCACCAAACAAUCUGAACUUUUUUUUCUUGUAGGCUAAUACAUAAGCAGGCAUCUUUGACAAAACUCUUAGCCUGAUAACAUACUGUGAUUCAGGGAUUUGAUUGGAUUUUGCUUUUGACACUUUCUUCCUUGUUUUUCUGUCAAACUUUGUGUUUUUCUAUUUUUCUCUUUACCUCUUUCUCAUUCCUUUUCUGAACACAUAAACAUUCACUUACAGCAUUUUUCCACAUGGCGACAUUGUAUUUCAUGCAUUUUCACCAUCUAGUUUAUGUUUUUCAGUGGUCAAACUUACACCCGCUGACCUUUCCUCACUCAUAAUGUCCGUCGGAGCGGGCGAACUCCUCUGUUUUUGUACUUGCUCGCCAACAAAUUGGAGGUGACAGUUGUAGACGGGACAGCUGAAUGUGGUCAGAUGCAUCCAUAAAAGCAGGCUGCUGGGGUCAGUGCUGGGGGUUUACACCUCUGGUUAUGGUUUACAUGACUGAUGGUGGAGUUACUGCUGAAUCAACAUGUCUCCCACAUACACCGAGGCAGGGAGGAGUCGUCAUCUCACAUUUUUUGUGUUGGCUUGUUAAUCUGUCUCGGAGGGGGUUGUUUGGAAAUGUGUGUUUUUCAUUAGAUUUUUUAUACUUCUUACAUUAUCAGUAAACCUUUACUUUCAGUUUUACGUAGUAAUCUUAUAUUUUUGGAUUGUGCCAAUGUCAGCUUCAGCUUCAAAUUAAAAAAAAUUAACCAAAA